AUGACCGAAACUGGUAUGCAAGCGAGCAGAUACCUCAAUAAUGUUCCCAGGGGAAAAUACAAGGUAGACGACGUGACGCAAGAAGAAAGGGAAGACUGCUAUCUAGCCACGCUUCAUAUAAGAGAUACUACGUCCACGGAUUCGAGAGCAUAUUACCUAGCUGUGGAGAACGACAAAGGCACAGAUAGGCAUGCUGUGCAGUUGUACGUGAACGGUAAGUUGAGGAAAGUGUGUUAG